GGGAGAAUGGACGCAGGAGGAAUGGCCUACGCGCCUGCUUUAUUUGUACCAAAGCUCAGGUAUUUAGGUAAGUGGUCGCCGCUGCUGUUUCCAAGACAAAUCACUGUCUCUCUCGCUCUGCCUCGUCGCUCGUUCUUGUCGCUGGGUCGGUCGGUCGCGUGCAACAUCCCCGACCAGGUAUCAGAAGCAUGGCCUCUCUUCAAGCAUCCACCAUGCUUACUACGGCGUUGUCUCUCUUAAGCUGCUUUCAAGCUUCUCUUGUUGCAGCUGGUCCCGUCACCCGUCGCUCCGACCUUGUCGUCAAAGACUUCCAUCCCGCUCCUAGGGCGUGGACAAAUCUGGGGCCUGCGCCGAGUGAACAUCUGAUCAGGUUGACUAUCGGUCUCUCGCAAAGCCGCUUCGACGAGCUCGAACGCCAUCUUUAUGAAGUCUCCGACCCGUCACAUGCACGUUACGGCCAGCAUCUGUCAGCUGAAGAAGUUCAUGACCUCGUGAAACCUUCGGAUGAGACCUCGGCGGCCAUCCAUGAAUGGUUACAAGAGUAUGACGUUGACAUUGAGCAACUCACCUACAGCCCAGCCAGGGACUGGAUUACGGUCUCUCUCCCCGUCUCGACGAUUGAGGACAUGCUGAACACGGAUUACUCAAUCUGGGAACAUCCUGACGGAUCGGCGCUUGUGCGCACCGAAGGGUAUUCUCUCCCCCACUAUGUCCACAAACAUAUCAGCACGAUCCAGCCAACAAACUCGUGGGCUCGACUUGAGGGACGCAAGAAGAGAACCGAGAUUAAGAAGCGCUCCUUGGUCAACAAGCGUAGCUCUCAUGUGCUCGAGGCUGCAGACACCUACUCACCGCCCGAUUCGAUUCCGCUGCCUGCAAACUCCACCGUUUAUGCCGCCUGUAACUUCACCUCGGUGACUCCAGACUGCUUGAGAACCCUCUAUGGCACCAUUGAUUACGAGGUCAAGUCUGCCGGAAAGAAUAAGAUGGGCCACACAAAUUACUUGGAGGAGGCCACCAACCGCUCGGACAUCAACAUCUUCCUGUCAAAGUACCGGCCCGACGCGGCUGCCUAUGCCUACCAGUUCGAGGCCAUUUCCGUUGCAGGAGGCGUCCUCGACAAUGGCACCAACGUCGCCGCAGAGGGUCUGGACAGAGAGGCAGACCUUGAUGCUGAUUACAUGAUUGGAAUUGGCUACCCGACUCCCUUGACUGCAUAUCAUACCGGUGGGAGAGAUCCGUCAUUUGUGCCCGACUUGGUGACCCCCACCAACAGCGAUGAGCCUUUCCUGGUGUGGGCCAAUUAUAUGGCAGGGCUACCGGAUAAUGAGGUGCCUCAAGUCAUUUCCACCUCUUACGGAGACGACGAACAAACUGUCAGUCGCUCUUACGCCCAAGCAGUUUGCAAUCAAUUUGCACAACUAGGAGCACGAGGUGUAUCGUUGUUCUUUUCUAGUGGUGAUGCUGGUGUCGGAUCAGAUGGGCAAUGUUUCAGCAAUGUGGACAACACUACCGCCAUGUUUCUUCCGUCCUUCCCAACUGACUGCCCCUACGUUACCACCGUUGGGGCGACAACUGGCUAUCCUGAAUCGGCGGCCUGGAGGAAGCUGAGUGGUGGAGGCUACUUUACCAGUGGCGCCGGGUUCAGCAACUAUUUCGACAUGCCGGCCUACCAGGCCGACACUGUAAACGCAUAUGUUGACAGCCUCGGAGGGCUCUACGACGGACUCUACAACAAAUCAGGACGCGCUUAUCCUGAUAUUUCCUGCAUUGGACAAGUCUUCCCCAUUACAUGGAACGGUAGCACACUCAACCUCGUCGGCACAUCUGGUUCUUCGCCCAUCUGUGCGUCUGUCUUCACGCUGUUGAAUGAUGCAUUGAUCUCUGAGGGACGUCCUCCCAUGGGUUUCCUCAAUCCCUGGUUGUAUAAGUGGGGUCAUACCCUCUUCACCGAUGUCACGAAUGGCACGUCUGCUGGCUGCAACACGACUGGAUUCCCUGCAACUCCUGGGUGGGAUGCGGUGACCGGCUGGGGAACUCCAUAUCUCCCAAAACUGCUCGAUGCGUUUGGCUUGAAGUAAGCGAGAGGUCAAUUGGACGAACCCUGUACAUAGGCGCUUACGAGGAGAAGAAUAACAGACGUGGUAAUGAAGAAUGAAAAUACAUCGAUCUCCAGUAACUUGUCGCUGUCCACCCUUCUGUGGCUUUUGGCGGCAUCC